AUUGAAGACUUAUAAUAUAUUGGUAACGAAUGUAAAACCCGAUGGUCCGUUUAUGUUUUGGAAUGAGAUUUCAAAUUUUUUAGAAUUCUACGUUUAGUAAAAAAACAAUGUAUGGACGCUAACAUAACCUAAUUCGAAUCGUGGAAUAGGACAGUGGCGACAUCCCUUGAAUUUUUGUUACGUUCAGAAUCUUUUUAUUUUCCAACUAGUUUUUUGUUGCUCCGUCUGAGAGGUCAAAAGUAAAUCAUCAUCGAAGGGGAUCAUCGUAGCAUGAUCAAUAGAGAAUGGACGCAAAAAUGCAACAAGACAUAGCUGGAAUUUGUCCCACUGUCUCCAAUAAUUCUAUGGAUAGACGAGACAUGAAUAUUUGUUACGACGAUAGACGCGUUCAAGUACCACCGCAACACAUGCAACCAUCCUAUUAUAAAUUCCAAAAUGAAAUUGUCAAUAAUGGAAACAAUAUGCCAGAGAUGCCAACUGCUGCACACUGGUGGAGAGAAAGCUCUGAAGUUUUCAACAACCCACAAGCACCGCCAGCUCAACCAGAAGCUGGAUGUGCCCCAGAACAACCGCCACCCAGUGUUCCUCAAACGUCUCAAGGAACAUCAACCGUUGUGACAAAGCCGAAACCAGCAAAAAAGGCAAAAACCGAUGAUGAUCACCACGAGCCUGUAAAUCGUUCAAAACAGCCUGAGAAAUGGAAAGUUAACGUGAAGAAAAAUGCUCGAUUACGUGGGGAAGCAUACGUGGGAGUUGGAGGCAAAAUAGUACCAGCAAAAGUAGUUGGACCAGUGUGCGAUUGCCGGAUGCGUUGCGGCGACAAGAUAGGUCCAGAGGCUAGACGGGAGUUACACGAGGUGUUUUGGAAGACUUGCACCUGGGAGCAGCGAAGACAAUACAUCGCACUUUUGGUGAAGGAAUCAGCGAAGCAGCGUUCACGUGCCCGUGCGGAUGUGAAGUCAGAGACUCGACGACAAGUAACGUUCACUUAUUCGUUGCUGAUUCAGGGAGAUUUCAUAACAGUUUGCAAACCAAUGUUCCUCAACACAUUUUCAAUAUCGGAAAAGCUCGUUCGAAUUGCCAUGGAUAAAAAGAGAACAUCACCCGGAGGCAUAAUCGGGCCGGAUCAGCGUGGCAGACACACUCCAAAAUCAAAAAAGCCCGACGCCGUGAGGGAGCUCGUUCGUGAGCACAUCAAGUCAUUCCCUGCUGAAAAAGUUUCAAACACGAAGGAUCACACUGGCAAAAGAUACUUGGAUGCGAAUCUAAGUAUCGCCGCUUUGCACAAAUUAUACGUGAAAAAAUGCGAAGAAACGGGUGUACCGCCGAGUGACAUUGUCAAGGAGAGCUACUACAGGCGCAUAUUCAAGACUGAGUUUAAUCUCGGUUUCAAAACCGUCGAAGACAAGAACAAGACAGCCCAUUCAUCGAGUUACAGUAAUAAGGGCAAUAAGCCGUGAAUACGUGAUUUCUUGCUCUUUCGAGCAUACUUUCAUAUUAUAGUAUUCGAAGGAUCGUGGAUACUUUUUUUUCAUCAUCAGUCAUGUUGCCGAGACGGUGUGCGUAAGAAUAUCUAACGAAAGUACGCACGGAAGAAAGAGAGAGAGAUUGAUUGAAUUGCGAAUACGCGAUAAAAACGAGUGACGCACACGCUGAAAGCUUAUAUUAACGAUCGUAUGUUGAAGCGAACGAAGAGUAUGAGUUUCCUGAAACUUUUGAAAUUUCGAAGACAUCCAUUUAUCUGCGAACUUUCAAAAUUACAUUCGAAAUUCUGAAGUUUUAGCUGACAUUUUAUUCGUUUUACAGUGACGAAAAAAAAAAAAAUAAGGAUGGUUAACACAGAAAACGAACAAAAGAUAUUACGUCGAGCGUAUUAAAACUUUUAAGUUUUACUGUAGACAAGAUGUUGAAUUUGGAAACGUGUUGAAAUAUCUUCAUUUUCUAACACUCAAAUUGGACUAUUUUAAAUCGAAUUUUAUUUGUCAAACUCCGCAGCAGUAUUUGCUCUUUUUGUUUUAUAUAUACAAUGUGUGUGUGAUUUUAUUUUUAUUCCUUUUAAUUAACUUCCCCCCCCCCCCUUCCCCUUUUUUUACUAUACUCGCAGGUUUGAAGAGAUUUGUGUCAUUGAGGAGUAUAUAAUACACAACAUAAAGUAUGAUUAGAUUGUACUUGACUAUGCGUUCUAUAUCUUCUAUACUAAUCGCCUUCAGUUCUUUUUUUCACGCCAGGUCAAUGCCGCUCACUUGUCGACUAGAAAAUAUUCUUUAAGCAGGCAUUUCGGCAGUGCACGAAUGACAAAUCUGUUCAUAUUAUUCCCCAAUAAAGCAAUUACGACUAA